GUCCUCAGCCAAACUACACUCCAUCCCUUCCAUCAAACCAAAGCACCAGUUUCUUCCCUCAGAAAUCAUGUUCGCUAAAGUUGUUCUCGUUUUCACCGCCCUCGCUGCUGUUGUUGCCGCUGGCUCCAGCCAAUGCAAUGCUGGCCCUGUCCAGUGCUGCAACACCCUCACCAGCGCUAGCAACUCCCAAGCUGCGGGUCUCAUUCAACAAUUGGGCUUGAGUGGCGUUGGUGCCAAUGUCCCCGUCGGAAUCAACUGCAACCCUAUCACUGGUAUUGGUGCUGGCAGCGGCUCGUCUUGCAACGCUAACCCUGCCUGCUGCGACAAUGUCUACACAAAUGGGCUUGGCGUCCAGUGCAACCCUAUCAAUGUCAAUCUUUAAGCAGUGGGAAUAUUCUGCGGAGCGAUGAUUUAGUUUUUAGGCGUUGUAGUUGAAGGGAGGGGGAGUACGGUGGAGGCUAAUACAUUCUGGCUGACUCGUAGUAUCUCACUUAUCACAUCACACUAUUUUUUUUCUUAUUUCCUUUUCAUCUUUUAACUUUCUAAUUUGGAAUUUAUCGUUCUUUCUGAGAG